AUGGGUGGAGUGAUGUUACUGCUGUUAUCAUGCCUCUCGGCCGGGGCUAUGAUGGUCGGGGCCGAAGACCCGUAUUUGUUCUUCACGUGGAACGUCACUUAUGGCAUCAUCGCUCCUCUGGGCAUCCCCCAGCAAGGCAUUCUCAUCAAUGGCCAAUUCCCCGGGCCGAAUAUCAACUCCACCACCAACAACAACAUCGUCAUCAAUGUGUUCAACAAUCUGGACGAGCCAUUCCUCCUCACCUGGAACGGCAUCCAACAAAGGAAGAAUUCGUGGCAAGAUGGCACGCUCGGAGCCAGCUGCCCAAUCCCUCCAGGACAUAAUUAUACGUACCGCUUCCAAGUUAAGGACCAGAUUGGGAGCUACUCCUAUUACCCGACCACCGCCAUGCACAGGGCGGCCGGUGGAUUCGGUGGCCUCCGCGUGAACAGCCGUUUGCUCAUUCCCGUCCCCUAUGCUGACCCUGAGGAUGAUUACACCGUCCUCAUAGGAGACUGGUACUCCAAGAGCCACACCACUCUCCAGAAGUUCCUGGACAGCGGCAGAGCCCUCGGCAGACCUGAUGGGGUGCUCAUCAAUGGCAAAUCUGGCAAGAGCAAGGGCAAGGAAGAGCCUCUCUUCACCAUGAAGCCAGGGAAGACGUACAAAUACAGGAUUUGCAACGUCGGUCUCAAGAACACCCUCAACUUCAGGAUUCAAGGCCACCCGAUGAAGCUUGUUGAGAUGGAGGGGUCCCACACGAUCCAGAACUCCUACGACUCCCUCGAUGUGCACGUUGGGCAAUGCCUUGCCGUCCUUGUCACAGCUGAUAAAGAGCCAAAGGACUACUACAUGGUAGCCUCAACUCGAUACACCAAGACCGUGCUCACCACCACAGCUGUUAUCAGCUACACUAAUGGCAAAGGUCCUGCUUCGCCUGUCCUUCCCGAGGCUCCCGUGGGCUGGGCUUGGACCCUCAAUCAGUUCCGCUCCUUCCGCUGGAAUCUCACAGCCAGCGCCGCCAGGCCUAACCCUCAGGGUUCCUACCACUACGGACAGAUAAACAUUACUCGCACCAUCAAGCUUGUAAACUCGGCCAGAAGGGAGGGAGGCAAGCUUCGAUACGCCAUAAACGGAGUCUCACACACAAACCCCGCAACCCCACUAAAGCUUGCGGAAUAUUAUGGAAUCGCAGACAAGAUCUUCAAGUAUGAGACCAUGUCUGAUGAUGCACCAGCAACAGCUUCAGACAAGAUAACUCUGGAACCAAACGUGGCCAACGUCACUUUCCGCACUUUCGUGGAGAUCAUUUUCGAAAACCACGAGAAGAGCAUCCAAUCAUGGCAUCUUGACGGAUAUUCCUUCUUUGCAGUUGCAGUUGAGCCAGGAAGGUGGACUCCAGAAAAGAGAAAGAACUACAAUCUCCUUGAUGCCGUGAGCAGGCACACAGUCCAGGUCUUCCCUAAAUCUUGGGCGGCCAUCAUGUUGACAUUUGAUAAUGCCGGGAUGUGGAACUUGAGGUCGGAGUUGGCAGAGAGGCACUACCUGGGCCAAGAGCUUUACAUUAGUGUUCUUUCCCCUGAGCGAUCUCUCCGAGAUGAGUACAAUAUCCCUGACAAUGCCCUGCUCUGCGGUAUUAUCAAGGACCUGCCAAAACCUCCACCUUACACCAUCUAA